UGUUUCAAGCUGUUGAACUUAUUGCAGUGGUUUGCAAGAAUUAGCCAGAGUUUGAAUUGUAUAAAAAUGAAACUAACUACAUGUUGUACUGACACACAGAUGUUUAAUAAACAGAUAGAAUUGAAGUUUGAGAUGUUAUUAGAAGAAUGUAAUUCAGAAAAGUUAAUUUUGAUUGGUACACCAUUGGAAAAUCUGCCAUUAAAUUGUGAUGGGUUACCAUUUAUUGUGCAAAAAAUAUAUGAUUAUAUAGUGGACUAUGGCAUAUAUGAAGAAUGUUUAUUUGAUAAAGCAUAUUCUAACAAUAUACAAAAAGCAAAUAUUAUAAAUGCUUAUGAAUUAGUGAGUGGACCCGAUAUCAAUUGUAGAACAAUAAUGGAUGUUGAUGCAGUAGAUGUUGCAACAGUAUUGGUCAUGUGGCUUUAUUUCUUACCUAAACCAUUGAUAUCUCCUAAACUAUAUUCAAUGAUUUGUGAUCUCAACAUCAAUAAAAAAUAUAGAGAGAUUAUUAAUUCCAUGGAUAAUAUCAGCAUACUAACUUUACAACGAAUAAUGGAUAUUGUUGAUUCUUAUGGAAGACAACACAAAUCUUACAAGGAAAAACUAGUAUAUCUUUUCACAUUACUUUUAACAAAACAUGUUGUUAAUCCUAGCCAAAAUAAUGCAUUACAGUUUAUGGACAAUUUAAAAAAUGUUUUAAUAGAAGCAGAAAUUGAAAAUAGGAUGUUUCAUAAUAAAGCAUGUUUAGUAAUAAAAGAAAAUCUCAGUCGAGAUGCAAAUGUUUACAAUAAAAAUAAUUUAUGUAACAAAAAGACUCUAUUUUGCAGGUUGUUGAGUGAUGAUGGAAUGCAGUUGAAUAAUGGUUCCACUGAGAUAAAUGACUCUAUGAUAUGUAAUGCAUUGAAGAAGUCCAGUAGCUGUAACCUAGAAAGUUUAAGUACCAAAGAAAAUGAUCCAUAUAAUUCAGUUGCCAAUAGUUUAUUAUUAGAUAAGGAUAAUUCAAAAGUUGAAUCAUGCACACAAUUAUCUGAUGGUCAAGAUAGUUUAGUUUGCGAAGUUGAUGAGUUGUCAUAUAGUCCUCAAAUUGAUGAAAUGAGAAGUAUAGAAAGGACAAUGCAGACUCAUUCUAGAAGUGUUAUGAAACGGAUUAAAAAAAAACCCAUAAGGAGUCAUGUGGAGAGAAUUUUAAGAUCUGGGUUUUUGUCAAAUGAAGACAGUUUGUUAUUGAAAAAUACAUUAGAGUUGAUGAAAAUUCUGUCAAAAAUUAAAAAUGUUCAAAAUCAAAUCAACGUCCAGAAAAGAGAGUGGGAAGAUGAGUUUGGUUGUGCAAAUAAAAAUGACAAACAUUUUUUAAACAACCGACUUGAGUUAUUGAUUAAUCAGAAAAAUCAUUAUUUAACGAAAACUGGACUUUCAUAUGGAAGAUCUUACAAUCGUACAGUUCUUAAUCUUAAAAAUGCCCGAAAAGAAGCUUUCAAGUUACAUGAAGAUGAAAAAAUGAAUAAGAUAAGUCAUAAUGAAAACAGUGAAAAAUUAAUUUCGGACAUUUACAAUAUUCAAGUAGUUCUUGAUUAUUUAGAAAAUAAUUGUGGAGGUAAAGAGCUGCCGUGGAGGUCAAGUAAAGGUUGUCCAGGUUAUAGAAGGAAGAUAAAAAAACAGUUAAAUUGUGUAACAGUUGUAUCUGAUCUACAAACAAUAAGUGAACAUGAAGUGAUGGAAACCAUACCACAACCAUUAUUUAUACAUACAGAGCAUUCUGAUUUGCUCUAAUGGUUGAUAAACUGUAAUAUGUAUACGAGUUUAAUUCACUUAUUAGAAUUUUAUUCUUUUAAUUUUAUUUAUAAAUAAUUUUGUUACUUUAAAACUAUAUAUUUUCUAUUAAUUUUAACCUUGCUAGAAACUAAUAGUAUGAUUUAUCAAGACUUGUAAUUGGUGCCUUUAAAAUUUUAUAUUCUACAGUUUAUACAUAAAUACAUU